UAUAAAAUGAACGACAGGACAAUCUGCCUCGUGGUGGGCAUCUUCUCUGUCCUCAACACCAUCCAGUUCCUCAUCUUUGACCUGAACCACAUUACAGCUGUUGGCUACGAGGACAAAGUCAACAUCUAUAUGGAAACCAAAUCUGAGGUAGUGUCUUGGAUGAUGACCCACAAGAAGAGCAUCAGCGUUGUCUUAUCCACCAUCACCAUCAUGUUCAGCCUGUUGCUUCUCUACAGCAUCCGCUGGAAUAAGUACAUGGGGCUGCUGUGCUACGGCAUGUGGAUCAUCACCUAUGAGCUCAUCAGUUUCUCCAUGGUCGUGCACAUCAACGGGAUCAUCAAAGAGCAGUUCAAGGAGCUGAGUUACCUGUACUUGAUCUUCCAAAUCUCCCGUAUGCUCUUGCACUUCCUCUGUCUGCCUUUCCUCACCAAGCAUACCUACACCCUUUACAAGGACCCCAAGAUCUUAAGUAAAAUAGGCCGCCGCAGGCAUUCCUCCAUCAGUAUGGUCGAUUCGUGGCCCCCUGUUGGGAUGGGAACGUUGUACCGCAAGUUGAACUGAACCGUGCCAGGAAGAAGAGAAAGAGAGGUGCUCCCCAGCAAUAGCUCCCCUUCUCCCUAGCCUGCCUUCUGUUGAUUCUGCUUACCUUCUCAGGGCUCUUGAGUUCUAUGCGCUGAAGAGUAUUCUUGGGGGAGGGUGGGUUGCCUGGAUCAGUUACUGUGCAUGUGUUUGUAACCUGUUUUCGCCUUUUAUUACAUACCUCCUUUGUUCUUAACCAACUCAUGGGUGUAUGCUGUUACUUCUCAUGAUUCCCCCCACUCCCUGCACAUCCUUAGUUUCUCAUUUUUCUUUUGGGGAUUGUCCCACCAAUGCCUGGUUCUGCUGAGCCCUUGUGGAGC